AUGAACAAGAACUGGAAUGACAGGGCAGAUAAAGAUCUGUUCUUCACCAUCUUAUCCGUCAAAAACAUUGGCGUGAUUAGCGGAGCCGAAUGGACCACCAUCGGCAAUUAUAUGCGUGGCCUCGGCUAUGGCUUUACCAAUGAAGGAUGUCGACAGCACUUUCAGGGCCUCAGGAGAGCUCAAAAUAAGAAUGAAGCGGAUGGCUCUCACUCUGAUAGCGCUCGGCGCGCAGACCCAACCCUGAAUCCCAUAACGAGAAGACCAGGCCCUGGUCGAGGCCGCCCUCGCAAGUCACAAGCUUCAGAAGCAGCUCAGCCCGGCGCAAACGACGCUGAUGGUGCUACUGAUACUGAGGCUUCCCCCACGGUUGUUCCUGCUAACGUUCCCACCAUCAUCUCUCCUACUGCCCCUACAAUGCUUCCUGGGCCUAUGGUGCCUGGGACUAUGGUGCCUGGGACUAUGGUACCUAAUCACUCUAUACCCGGACAGGGACCAGAGAUGGCUCCUCAUGCCAUGCCUAUCCAGCAGAAUCAACAUCCGCAACUUCAGUCUCAACACCCCCAUCAACACCAGUUUCAGCAUCAGCAAUUCCAGCAGCAAUUACAACACCAGUCUCAGAUUCCACCGCAGCUCAAAGAGGAGAUGCUCAAAGCGGAGAUGUCUGAAGGCGUCAAUAUCUCUGCUCAAGCUUCAAAUCACCUUGAUUCCAGUCAUCUAGCCGAGUCCGAGGCUGACGCUGAGGCUGACUCGGCAACUUCUCAAGACCAACUUCAGCUAGAUCCCGUACAGAGUGGCGAUGAAGACACAGAUGAACAUCCUGCCAAGCGUCAGAGACUAGAACCUCACGAUCUAACCCAAGAUUCGGCUCUCGACGAUGAGGCUGUUUUAGCUCUAGCUGCACAUAACGGCACAGAUGCGACAGACCCAUAUCCAACAGAUUUUGGAUACAGAGAAGCGUAG